AUGGCCAACAAUCGUGGGCGUCGUCGGGCUCAGGUUCAGGCGGGGAAUCCCACUUAUCCGCCGCAUCAUCAGCAUCCCCACCAUCAACAUUUGGCGGCCAUGGCCGCCUUUCAACAGCAGCACCAGCAACAGCAGCAGCAUCAUAGACUACCGUGGAACGGAGCUGGUGUGAUGCUGCCGCCACCCAAUCAACAGCAACAUCGUCCGCCAGCUCCACAUCCACCUCCAUUACUUUCGGGAGCGGGAUUUGGUCAGCCUCCGUCGGCGCAGUACUUUCACCAUCAUGCGGGAUUGCUGCCUCCACCGCCGCCGCCUUUGCCGCAGACCACGCCCACGUCCACGCCCGCCUUCGACUUCUUUAAUGCCAAAAUGUUUCCAAAUUAAGCUAAGCCAGCACUUACAGGCUGUACUUAAAAAACAGACGAACAGAAAAUCUCAAAAUGUGCAGGAACACACAGAACAACACCCCCAAAAAAAAUUGCACUUUAGACAGAGUCAGUGUCAAAAACGAAGAGAGAAAUAUUUUUUAUAGCCAUUUAACCAGAAAAAUGAGAAAACGUAGUUAAAAAAAACCUUUCGUAUGAGCGAAUUUAUUAUUUUUACAAUGUUGAAACCACUUUGUUUUUAGUAUUUUAUUAAUUUACCUUACCGCCUAAGUUCGAGAUAAGGGCUAAAUAUUUUUGCUUGGCCCCGACUCGUUUAAAGAUAUCGUUUUAUCUAUUUUUUUAUGCAUUAAUGUUUUAGUUUUAGGAGCUGGAGAUACCAGUACCAAGUACUGCAGAAUACUCAAAACUCAAAUCGUUAAGAGCCCACUCCUAAAUGGAAUAAAUGUAUAUUUUAUACGAUUAUGUAUUCUUUUAAGUUGUAACUUUUAGUUUCGGUUAAGCGUUUAAAGCCAAUGCAAAGCCGCUUGAAAGGAAUUUUCCACCCACAACCUCCGGACCAAACUGAAAAGCAAAGAAAACAAAGAAAGUACUAGCAGACAAUACCGAGACAAGACCAGAGAUACAAAAGUAUUAAGCAGCGAAACUGUAUUAAAGCCACCACAUUGUAAAGUCCACGCCCACACCGCCCCCAUUCGUAUAUAGUUUAUGUUAAAUGGAAAACCCACCGCUUGCCGCGCGUUUCAAGCUCUCUUACUUAAGGAAAAAAAUCUUUCUCGAACUACGCUUUAAAUUUCCCUCUUAAAAACCCAUUCGCGAAAUGAGCACAAAACACCUACAAGAUCAUUCCAUUUGGCCAGAGCCGCGCCCCAAAAAAAAGGUGCAACUCAUGCAUUUAAGGCCUCCGGCUGCCGCUUGCCACUCGACAACCCACUAAAUCUAAAAUCUAAAUCUAAUGCUAAACUAAAAAUAAUGCUAACUAAUAUUUAAUAUAUACGAAACGAAUACAAAAACUUAAUUUGGCCUUAUUAAAGAUUAUUUAACGAUUAAAAAACGUUUCAGAAUAUUCAAAAAAAAUACUAGCAUGUAAUAAUGAAAAGAAAACCUUUGGAAAAGUCUCACGAAAAAUCUAUUAGCAAAAUUCCAUGUGCGUAUUAAAUGUAAAAAUCAAAAACGGAAAACGGAAAACCAAAAGACCCUAUUAACUAUCGAAAUGUUUGCCAUGACAAUAAAUUUAUGACUAAAUAAUUGAUAAUGCUUUCGAUUUCUGAGCUAGCCAAAAAACCAAAGAAUCAAAUCAACUUUCAAUUAUAAUCGUUUCUUACUCAGCCACAAACUAUAAUUAGUUAAAGAACAAACAACAAGGUUUCCAGAACAACGAACAUUUCUUUUUUGAUGUUUAACUUGUCCAAGGAAUUUUCGCCCAUGAUUUUUUUUUUGCUUUUCCAGACACAAAAACAAAAACGAGAACAACAACUCACAAAAAAAUGCAUUUAAUACUUAAUUAAUUUUUAUAUAUUUGUAUUUUUAAUGAAGUAGAGAACGGAGUGCAUGGUCGAUGUCGAUCAUAAGUAUAUAUGUGUAAAUACAUAUAUUUUUUGUAAAUUAUUUCGCAAGAACAAAAGCUAGAGAAUCCAAAACCAAAAGCAAAACAAACGCAAACUGUUAUACUCGAGUUGAAAUUCUUCAGAUUUCAAAUACAGCCAGCACACGUUAGCAUAAAUUUAACAAUAAUUACUAUUACAUCCAUAAAUACUUAGCCUAGUUAAAAAAAAAAACCCUUAACAACAACAGAAUGUUAACUUAAACACUAAAAAAAGAAAAACUUAUUUUUAAGCGCAAAUUUGCACUCUAGGGCCUUAUAUGAAAUACACUACACUACAUAACACUCACGUACAUAAACAUAAACAAUUGUUAGUUAUUUAAAUACGAUACACACUUAAUUGGAGGACGAUCGUUUUAAUGUGUUCCAAACUCCGAAACUCCAUCUUUUCUAUUGUCCUACCCCCAAACUCUCUGUUAAAGUUGUUCACCUCACUUUAUGUGUAAAUAUGCGGAGCAGGAAGUACAGUAUACUUGUAUUAUUUGUUUAAUUUUUUAUGUCCAACAAUAGCGAUCCUAAGUUAAGAACCUCGUUGAAACGGCAUCGAAUGUUAAUUUUAUUGCUCGACAGAGAACACCAAAAAUCCGCUAAAAACAUCCAAAACAAAUAACCAAAAAAUAUUGAGAGAUGAUUCAAGUAACUUAUAUUUCAAAUAUU